AAUCCAAACGAGAAGAGAAUCACCCGGAAAGCUGCAGGUAGACCUGAGAGCGCUUGUUUGUGGCUCAAGAUCAGGCGCUCGUCGAGAGACAAGAGGAAAGGAGGGAGGAGGAGAUGGAGGGGGAGCCUCAAGGCCAAAGUGAGCUUUAUGUACCGCAGCGGGUCACUUUCUGCGAGCCAUUUGGAGCCAGAGGCGACCCGGAACGCGCAGGAGCCGCACCAAACUGAGGCAGACCAUCAGUCCCAAUCACUGAGGCCAGCAGCAAGGAGCACAUUGCUCCACACAGGGAAGAGAGAGAGAGGGAAAAAAAACACAGACAAACAGACACGGAAGAGAAGUGAGAGAAAGAGAGAGAGGCUGAGUGCGGGACGGUCGGCAAAAAAACGCACUGUGGAACUUUAAAGUGUGCGGGAUCAGGAGGAAACAGGCUCGAGUGGCCGCGCAGGGUCGGAGAAGAUGCCGCGGGUAGUCCCGGACCAGAGGAGCAAGUUUGAGAAUGAGGAGUUUUUCCGCAAGUUAAGCAGAGAGUGUGAGAUUAAAUACACUGGCUUCAGGGACCGACCCCACGAGGAGAGGCAAGCCCGCUUCCAGAACGCCUGCAGGGACGGACGAUCAGAAGUCGCCUUCGUGGCAACAGGAACAAACCUCUCCCUGCAGUUUUUUCCAGCCAAUCUCCAUGGCGACCAGAGGCAGGUACCAUCGCGGGAAUACGUCGACUUCGAAAGAGAGACAGGAAAGGUCUAUUUAAAGGCGCCUAUGAUCCUGAAUGGGGUUUGUGUGAUCUGGAGAGGCUGGAUUGACCUACAGAGGCUGGACGGGAUGGGAUAUCUGGAGUAUGACGACGAGCGAGCGCAGCAAGAGGAUGCUUUGGCUCAGGCAGCAUUUGAGGAAGCUCGGCGCAGAACCAGAGACUUUGAGGACAGAGACCGAUCACACCGAGAGGAUUUAGAGUCCAGACGACAGCAGGACCCCAGCCCUGGCUCAAACAUGGCCAACGCUGACGUGGAGCACAAGAUGCGCUGAGGAUGGAAGAAGGAAGAAAAAAUGGAAACUGAGGCAGUUUGUUUGUUUGUUUGUUUGUUGUUCGAUUUCAACGCAGUCAGCAUGAGACCGCACUCACUGGCCAGUUGUUUUGCAUUAUUCCUCAAAAUUGAUACAUUUUUCAAACUUUUGAAUGCAGACAAAAACGGAAAUAUAAAAUUAACAAAAAUCAUUUAAAAGAAACCAAAGACGAAGAAGAAAAAAGAACAGUUAUUGAGAUUUUGAUUUAAUUUGGAGAAUUUAUGCAAAACGUUGAUAAUGAGAGAAAGAGGAAGAGGUGAGAACAAGGAGCAGAGAAAAGGUAGAAGUUGUUGUGGCUCAGGGUCACGGUCAGGGCUUACAUUCACAGCAUGAAUCCAAUGUGAGGUUUCAACAGUUCAUGAUGUUAAAAUCUAUAUAUAUAUGCAUUGUUUCAGUGUUUCAACACCUCAUGUUUGCUGAUAUGCUUGUGAAAAACUUCCAUUUUAUCAACUUAAUUUCUUAAAACCUGCUGUUUUCUGAGACCAAAGUUCACUUUGCUGGAAGAAGGGAGGGAGGGAUAAAAAUAGGAGACUUAAAAAGUUAUAAAAGGCAAACCAAAGACAUAUUUACCAGGCUGGAGGGUUAAGAAGUGUUUGCUUUGAGUAAAUUUAGAUUCGUUCAAAACAUCACAGGUUCUGUAGCCACAACCUGAAGGCUCUAAAUAUAGAAACGGCUACAAGGAGGAGAUUUAAACGUCCUUCGUCUUCCGAGAGGUUUUGCACUAUGUGAUACAAUCAGUCUUGAUCUCCACAUUGCUCGUCUUUUUGUUGCAUGAAAUCAAAUAUGGGGAUUCCUUUGCUCUUUAUUGCUUGUAUCGCAGCCUCUUUGUCCUGGGAGUGCUCUUUGUCUGCUCUUUGACCAGGAACAGCUGGGUGACUCAAAGUCUGGUUUUUAGUUGCUAUUAGUGACGUUUAGUUUAACUUCUGCAUUACAAGUACAGAGUGUCAUAAGUGCCACUUUUGUAUAUCUUAAAAUUGUUCAUGCAAAAUUGGAAACAAGCAUUUGAUACAUAGUUAUAUGUCCAAAUAUUUUAGAGACAAUAAUGGAAUAAAUACUGGAAUGAUAAUUAAACCUAAACUUUGAAGCAGUUAAAUAUUAUAUGGUGCUGCAGUUCUUCAUAAAAUAUUGUCAGCUGUCCAUCAAAGAGACCCUCACCUCUGAUUGGUUAACCUGCACAGCAAGUCCACUUCAGAUCAAGUUUUUUAAAAAGAGCAAUGUUUCUCCAGCUCACUGAUAGGUAAACUAAAUGUACAAUGUACUGAAGAAUGCAACUAUCAAAUUAUUAAUUAGUGGAAAAAUCAUGCUUUUUGUAAAUAAAACAAAAGAAAUAUAUACUUACAUAUUUGGAUGGCAUAACUUAAUAAGUUAUGUUUCUGUUUGUAAUUUUAAUUAAAUAAUUAACAGUUUUGGUAAUAAAUUAAGGAUUUUAUUUUAGUCCCCCAUUAAAUAAAAUCUUCCAAGCUGCAGCUCAAAUAUUGUUUGCUCAUAUCAACUCAUCACAACCCCUAUUUAGAAAAAUUACUACCUUUCAUCUUGAGACAGUUAAAUUCAUGAGAUAUAACCUAAAAUGAUUGUUGUGAAAUUCAUAUUCACAGGUCCAAACACUGCAAAGCCAAACAUUUAAUCCUAAAAUAUUCUAACACAAUGGAUUGAAAACAUACAAUGUCCUGUGAAGUGAUGAUAUCUGUAAAUGAAAAUCUGUUGAGUGAUCAUGAAGCUCGGUUUUUCUCGGCUCUCUUCACAUAAAUUACAGUUUUGUCCUACAGAGAACUGAACUGAACUUAUGAACCGGUUCAGUUCCUGACUGAACCAGAAUGAGCAUGAAUAACUCAUCAGAGAUGCAUUUAGUUCCCGGACUCCACGUCACCCAGAUGCUCCUCGUCUUUGCAGGGCCGUAAAAACCCGAAUGCAGUUCGCUUUUCCCUGUCCGGUUACAGCACUCGUCUAUUGAAGCCAUGUGUUUUCCUGUAUGUCGUCACCUUCCUUUUGUUGUGUGAAAGUCAGGAUGUUUACUUUUUAUAUUUCUCUCGUCUCAGUAGGAGUUUUUAGUUCUUUUCUCAGCUUAGACCUGAAGCAGCUGCAGGAUAUUUUGUGUAAAUCAAAAAAAAAGAAAAAAAGAGAAGCAUCUCCAGAGAAUUGGGAGGUUUGAGGACUUUUGUUGCUUUUUUUAUGUACUCUUUAUUAAUGAUUUUUGUAUUGUUCUAUUUUUUUAAAUAAAUCCACCUGAAUGUGGAUUGAGUCAAGUCCUGUAAUCAGAAAAUGUUUUACACUUUGUGAAAUGAACGGUUGUAUUGCCUUUGGCUCCUUUAAGUUUGACUUAUUUAGAUAAAUGCAGACUCAUAAUGGUUCUUGUACAGUUUCUGCAUUUUAAUGAGCUUUAAAAGAAAUUAAACAAAACAAACAUGAUAAGCUGGAUUUCGGAUUUUCAACCAAUUUUCUUCAGGUUCUCUCUGCAAAUGCAGCCAUAAAAUCAACUCAGGGUUCACAACAGAAACAACUUUAUCUGACAUAAUAAUACUUUACUCUAGCUUUUAAAAUGGUAAAACUUAUUGGCUCGAUUGCGUUAUUUCUCCUGGCAAUCAGGUGACUUAUUCUCAGCUGGUUCAGUAAGUAAUUAGUUAAAAUAAAUUUUAAAAUCUUUUUUUUUCUGCGUGAACCUGCAGGAUGAAGAGGAGCGGUUUUAUGGUCGAUUGUGGUGUUUUUAGCAUAAAGGAAGUAAAGGAGAGAAUGUGGACGUCAGUUUGUGAGUUAAAUGUAUAGAAAUACAAGCAGAGUCCAUUAAUUAAACUGGAACGUUGAUUACAAAUUCUCUAACAUCUCAUGUUUAGAGAAUAAAUCAUAUUGUGGUACAAACAGAAAUAUAAUGAGGAGGGAAAAGGUUCUUAAGAAGCAACCUUUUCUUGAGAUGAUUUGGUCUAUUUAAAGGAAAUUUAUUUGAUUUAUACUUGGACAAUGAGGAAUUCUAUAAAAAUAAAAUAGAAUAAGAAAAUUGUUCUAAAUUCUCUGAAUUGAAGCUUUGAGAUUAAGUCAUAAACCCUGGAAGAAAACAGAGAACUCUCCAAAGAAAAAAAAUAAUUUGCUUUUAGGUUUAAGAAAAAUUUAAAACUCAAUCUUUUCUCCACCACUUGCACCAAGUGAACUAGAAUUUUAAAAAAAACUAAAGCAUCAAAUCCAUCCUUUCCUUUUCUUAAUGCAGGCAUUAAGUCAAACCAUUAAAAUAUCAUUUUCUUUUCUACAUUAUCUGUUACUUUUUUAACUUAUUUAUAUGUUAGAAUGACUUGGAUGUUUUGUAGCUUGAGUAAACCUUCUUGCAUUUCUCUUACUGUUCGUGUGCUCUGUGUUUUCAUCUACUUUAAUGUUGAACUUUUCCUCUCAGAGGAGUUUAACAUAUAAUAUGAGAUAUUCAUUUCAAAAUGUUGAUUGUUUAUCACAAUAAAUGUGUAUCAAUUCCUCUA